CGCUGGAUGCGGCGGAGCCCCGGCGGGCGGCGCGGCGGCCGCGGUCCCGGGAGACAUGUACCUGCUGGACGACAGCGGCGAACCCGCGUCUCCGCCCGCGGACGCGAUGCCGCGCGGGACGCCCCCCAGGAAGACCGUCUACCGCAUCUCCGUGACCAUGGUCAGGAAGGAGCUGCUGGGCGCGCCGGGCCCCGGCGGCCCCGACCCGCGCCCGCCUCGGAGACCCCGGCCCGCGCGCUCCCCGGACGCGCCCGGGCGGCUAGUGGAGGAGGCGGAGGAGGUGGCGUGCGCUGAGGACCCCGAGGGCCGCCGGCCUCGCGCCUGGGACUUCCGCACCUUCCGCACCCGCAGCACCGGGCAGCUGGAGCUCGGGCGGCUCCGGCCGUGCGCACGCGGCCCGGAGCCCGCGGGCCUGGCGGGCGGCCCCCCGGCAGCGGAGGAGGGGACCGGCUCGCCCGCCCCCGGCAGUCCCGACGUGGAGGGGGCUCGAGCCGCGCCCUUGCGGCGCAGCCUCAGCUUCAGGCACUGGAGCGGGCCCGAGGCGCCGCGGGGCCGGGCCCUGGGCCGCGGGAGGCGCCACAGCAGCUCCGGGAGCCUGGCCUGGGCUCCGGGCGGCGAGGCCGUGGCCGACCCCGGGGCCGCCCUGGAGCCCGCGGCCUCCGGGCAGCCCGCCUCGGAGAAGCGCAACACCCUGGACGUGGGCGAGGUGCUCAGCAAGAACGACGCGCUCUCGGACCUGGAGCGCUGGGAGCGCAGCAAGAGCAAGAACCGCACGCUGGACAACAGCGACCUGCAGCGGCUGGAGCGCGCGCGGGCGGCGGCCGCGGGCUCCGGCGCGGCGUUGGAGCACCGGCUGCUGCGCUUCUUCAGCGGCAUCUUCGCGCGCAGGGACGGCGCGGCCGGCGGCGGUCCCUCCCCGCGGAGCGGCGCCUCGCGGCCGCGCGGCUACUUCAGCAGCCUGCGGCGGGCCCCGGCCGACGCGCACUCGUCCAGCGCCGAGAGCAUCGACGGGUCCCCGCGCAGAGAUGCCUUUGUGAACAGCCAGGAAUGGACAUUAAGUCGAUCCGUCCCGGAGCUCAAAGUGGGCAUUGUGGGUAAUUUGGCCAGUGGCAAGUCGGCCCUGGUGCAUCGCUAUCUGACCGGCACGUACGUCCAGGAGGAGUCUCCCGAAGAUAUGGAUGCAGGUGGCAGAUUCAAGAAAGAGAUUGUUGUUGACGGCCAGAGCUAUCUGCUGCUGAUCAGAGAUGAAGGGGGCCCUCCAGAGGCACAGUUUGCCAUGUGGGUGGACGCUGUUAUAUUUGUCUUCAGCCUGGAGGAUGAGAUAAGUUUCCAGACGGUCUACCACUACUACAGCCGGAUGGCCAACUACCGGAACACGAGUGAGAUUCCGCUGGUCCUGGUGGGAACCCAGGGUGAGUGGUGCCCGAGGGCAGGUUGUCCUUCUGUGGCUCCAGCAGUUGAGCAGUAAGUGAUUCCUGACCUGUAUUUGCAGAG